AUGUUUUUCAACAUCUUUGCUCUCGGCCUUGUUGCCAGCGUUGUGUUGGGCGAGCUUCAAGCCCCAUCUCCCUCGCUUCCGAAGCAACUAGCUGUCGUUCGCCGCCGGUCCGGCUUGACGCAGAAGGAAUACUUGUACUACCAUACACUAGUUCACGGCCAAAAAGCCUGGAAUGCUCCUCGAGACGACGCGUUUCCAUUAGCCUAUGUCCAAGACCACAUCUUUGACGGCGUGUUCGGCGCAAACAACAGCGUCCCCAAUCAGAUCUACGUUGGACGUGAUGAUGUCACGGAGCUUUACAGCAGCUCACCGGCGACUUUCAUGGGCCCGCCGCCUUCGAAUUAUACACAGACGGUCAUCGGUCCGGAUGGUGCUAACUUCAACGACCUCCCGACUGCCAUGUCGAUGAUGGCCAUCGAAACAUUCAUCACCGACAUUCCCGGUGGCUCACAGCGACCCAUGCCCGCCGACAAGGGAACCAUUGUAGCGUUCUUCUGGGCAAUUGGUACGAAGGAUGUGUCUUCCAACGAGACGUUCGCAAAAAAUCUGGCAGACGCAUUAGUCAAACCUCUGCCUGCCGGAGCCAUCUAUAACGCAAGCAUUCAUGUCCCCGUUCCCGGAGCAGACACGCGCCCAUACUUCGGCGGACAAGACAUGCCGCCCAUCAACGCUGUCAUCAAGUUGUGGCUCAACAACGCAGACUCUUCUGUCUCGGCGGUGAGAGAGGUGCAGACUAAACUGGACAACGCCAAACUUCAACUUAAUGAGAACUUAUCUUUCAUGUUGUUCUCCAAAGAGGUCGUCAUUUGGGACUCAACGAAAGGAAUCCAGUUUGACCCGGCCCGACUCGAGGCAGUGCUCAAGGCGGAAAUAUACUGA